GACUAACGACUUCCGCUAUUGGUAUUUUUACAAAAUUUCAUGAUGGCCGCACCAGAUGUGAUGAAAAACGUGCAACCCAAGUUGUCUGGAUUGGAGAAAGGGACGAGGACACUGAACCUUGCGGGACAUGUCGGGUUUGACAGCCUUCCUGACCAGCUGGUCAACAAAUCAGUCGCACAGGGUUUCUGCUUCAACAUACUAUGUGUCGGUGAAACUGGUAUUGGAAAGUCUACCUUGAUGGACACCCUGUUUAAUACACAUUUCAACUCAUCACCUAGUACACAUGACCUCCCUGGUGUGAAACUGAAGGGACAUAGCUAUGAACUGCAGGAGAGCAAUGUUAGACUGAAGUUGACUGUUGUAGACUCUGUUGGCUUUGGCGACCAGAUUGACAAAAGUGACAGCUAUAAGUCUAUUGUUGAGUUCAUCGACAAACAGUUUGAGAACUACCUACAGGAGGAAUUGAAGAUAAAGCGCAACAUUCACAUCUACCAUGAUACUCGAAUUCACACUUGCCUGUAUUUCAUCGCACCCACAGGACAUUCGUUGAAAUCUCUGGACCUAGUAACCAUGAAGGCCUUGGACAGCAAAGUGAACAUUAUUCCCGUAAUUGCAAAAGCAGAUACGAUCACCAAAGUAGAACUGCACAAAUUCAAAAUGAAGAUAAUGAGUGAACUUGUAAGCAAUGGAGUCCAGAUAUACCAGUUCCCUACAGAAGAUGAAACCGUAGCUGACUUGAACUCAACCAUGAAUAGUCACUUGCCGUUUGCUGUUGUUGGAAGCACAGAAGAGGUGAAGGUUGGAAACAAGAUGGUCAAAGCCAGACAGUACCCCUGGGGGACAGUACAAGUUGAAAACGAAAACCAUUGUGACUUUGUGAAGCUGCGAGAGAUGUUAGUACGUACCAACAUGGAGGAUCUUCGCGAGCAGACUCAUAACAGACAUUAUGAACUCUACCGAAGAUGCAAACUCCAGGAAAUGGGCUUUUCAGAUAAUGACUCGAUGAGUUUGACAGAGUCAUACACUCAGAAACACACCCAGCAUAUUGCUGAGUUGCAGAAGAAGGAAGAUGAAAUGACGCAAAUGUUCGUUGUACGAGUCAAAGAAAAAGAACAAGAUUUGAAGGAAGCUGAAAAAGAACUUCACUCUAAAUUCGAUAACCUCAAAAAGCAGCACGCGGAAGAAAAGAAAAAACUUGAGGACCAGAAGCGCCACCUGGAGGAGCAAAUGAAUCUAUUUGGAAAGAAAAAAGCUGUCACGCUACAAGCGCAACAACAGGCCCAACUACAAGCCCAGCAGGCGGCAACUAUGGGCAAAGGCAGGAAGAAGUAAAUACACAAAAUAUAGCAAAAGGUCAAAAAGGUCACAGAAUAUUGGACAUUGUGAUACAUACUCUUGAUUUUUAUCGUUAACAUCACAAUGAAUUUGGCAAAUGCAGAAAGAAGUCAAAAUAUACGCAGAAUGUCAUGAAUGGUCACAGAAAAGUUUGCAGGAAAUAGGACAAUGUGAUAUGAAUUUGCUAAUCUGUACAAAUCUGGAUUUUUAUCAUGAAACCUCCAUGGCUUACAGAAAGAAGUUCCAUCGGACAUAUUUUACUGAUUAUAUUGUGGUACAUACUACUGUGUAUUAUAGUUGAAUUUUCUAAUCUUAAGAUGAAUCAACUGAAUUUUUCGUAUUGAAUCAGUAAGAAUAUAGGAUGUGCACAUCUGUCUUAGAGUUAAACAAAUAAAAUAUAGGAUAGGAUACCUGCAUUAGAAAAUAUACUCAGAACAGUAAGAGGGAAUCUUCCGAUAAAAGCUGCCUUAUGACCUGAACUACAUACGAGGGUCAUUCAAAAAGUUUUGAAAUAUCAAGAUUUUUGGACAACCCUCGUACAAAUAAUACCACAGUACAUGUAAUGAAUGACAAGGGAUCACCAUUAUAUUUAUGAAAUUUGUAUCUCAUUUAUUAAAAUACUAGUAAUUUGCAAAUUGCAAUAUAUUAAUAUAUUUAAAUAAUAUUGACUAUUUUAAAUCAUAAGGAGUAUUAAUAUAUUAAUAAUAUGUAAACUGUAUAUUAAACAAAUAUUUCAAAUACUUGAUUAUGUAGUUAAUACAAAUAUAGUUCAAUACCAGUCAGGUUUUUGCCUUAGAAGGCUUCUGUGACAAGACAUUUUUUAUAUUUGACUUGCUAUAUUUUGUGUAUGUCCUUCUGCCUGUCCAUCCAUGGAAUGUGGUAUUCCAUUGGAAACUAGGUCACUUGAUUCGGAAAAUAGGUCUGCUGUUAUCAAACGACAUAAUUGCCAAGUCUAAUUUCCUCCCAAUUUCCAUGAAGAUUCCAUGUAAAUUUUCAUGUCACAGGAAUUUUCAUGUGCUUGAAUUCAAGACAUUGACAGUUAGUUUAUUUUACACUAUAUGCGAGUAUAGCAUAUAUAUAUGAACUUUACUCCAUGUAUGAAGUCAUGGGGGUAGCCAGGUACGAGGCAGACGACGCAAUCACUCACCAAAGUUCUAUAGAAAUAUAUGUAUUCAGGUAGAUAUUUUUGCAACUGGAAUUGUGCAAAUGAAGUCUUUUACUCUAGUUUGGCCUCACCAACAUAAUUUGGCCUCAUCAAUAUUACUUGG